GGAUUCAUGUUCCUUUUCAUCGGGAGGAUAAGAUAAACGGUGCUGCGUUGUCUUUUACGGAAGCAGCAAUCGAGAAAAAGACCAUGAUUAAUCUGUUACAAGCAUUCUCAAUUGCAGUCAAGCAUUCUCUUCGUAGAGAGCUUGGGAUAUAUUAUGAAGACCUUUUCCCACUCAUAUGUUUCUUGCCGAAAUACGCUUCACAGCACGCUUCCCAUGUUGAUACCAUUCCUUGCACCCACCCACUUGAAUCUGCACGGAAUCCGCCCAAGGGAAAAUUUCGUUCUUUCCUUUCCAAGUCCCCAUUUUUCAAAUCCGCUAAUUUUUGCCAUUCUUCUCCUACUGGUACUUCCGCUGCUGAUCUCACUGGUGUAUCACCUGUAUGUUCACCUCCUGAAGAACAUGGAAACGUCCCACUCGAGCUCAUCCUCCAUCUCUCAUCGUAUUUUGCGCAUCUUCUUGCUCAAGGACUUCUCCAACCGGCGGCUGCGACGAUGUUCGCAAAUAACAUCUGUAUGCUUCAGGACUCACUUGCAAAUCUGGAGAGAGUUCGAACAAGCCCUCUUCCUUUCGCCUAUCAGGUCCAUCUGAGGAUAUCAACUUGGCUAUAUUUAUUCUUCCUUCCAUUGGGACGAGAUUUAAACUCAUAUCUCGCCAGUGCCACCACAUUUGCCUCGUUUUUAUUCCUCGGUUUUCUGGAGAUAGGGCAGGAAAUAGAAAACCCUUUUGACUAUGAUCCUAAUGACCUUGACAUUGAUGAUUUCUGCCUCACGAUACAAAGAGAUCUGCACGAGAUCACUGCUCAUCCUGCCCCAAUGACACUGUCGUAUAUAUACACUCCGCUCAAUCAGCCAUUUAUACCAACCGACUGUCGAGGAGCCGAUACAAUCGCUCAAGCAAGUAACGCUUACUAUACGUCAGCCGGGCCCCGGGAGUACGGCGAAAGGAGACCCAAUGAAUUGAAUCUAGGAGAUGAUGCCGCCAGAGGCAUUGAUGGCAAGGAAGCCGUUGGUGGUUGUAACGAAGAGGAUGUGGUAAGACAUGUACUCACUCGAAACUGGCGGGAGAUAAGAAAAUCGGAGAACUAUUCUGUACAGUGAUAUGAUACUAAACAUGCUCAAGGAUACGAUGG